CUGCGCGCGAGUUUGGAUCUGUGGAAGCGAUGAUGUUCUGGAAUGAGGAACGCGCGCUCUCUUUUUGUGUUUCGCUCUCUGCAGAUUAUCGUCCGACCGCGAGCAUAUCGGUUGUAUGGGUACCAGUGUGACUUACUGGGAAUGUAUCACGUGCAAUUUCAUAUGCAUUGCAUGUGUGACUUGGUUAUGAGACCCCUCAUCUCAUGCCGGCCCCAGCUCCAGGUUGCCACGGCAAUGACCCAGCAUCCUGCUCAGGGUCAUCAUAGAAGCUCUCGGACAAAUGACAGCACGGUUCAAAGCCGCAUGACUCCAGAAUCCCCUUUUUGUGUAAUCAAAUACAGAAAGUUAUGAGAAGGAACGAAGCAACUGGAAUGAACUUCCUCACUGUGAUUGCAUCUUUGGCCCAAACAAGAACAAAGACACGGCCUCUAAUUUACUCCGAAAUGGUCAGCCUGUAUUUCUUUGCGAUGCUGCUACUGGCAUCACUGGCGACGGCGGGCCAGGCCAGCGAGCGGCGCGUCGUGGCCCACAUUCCAGGUGACAUCAUAAUCGGUGCCCUCUUCUCCGUCCACCACCAGCCGCCGGCCGACAAAGUGCAUGAGCGCAAAUGCGGGGCAGUACGGGAGCAGUACGGCAUCCAGCGUGUGGAGGCCAUGAUGCACACACUGGACCGAAUCAACGCCGACCCCAAAAUCCUCCCCAACGUCACGCUGGGCUGUGAGAUCCGAGACUCUUGCUGGCAUUCUGCCGUCGCUCUGGAGCAAAGCAUCGAGUUCAUACGGGACUCGCUCGUCGCUGCCGAUGAAAGCGAGGAGGCUGGGGGUGGGGCCAAGUGUGCAGAUCCCGGAGCCACGCCCAUGAAGGGCAAGAAGCCAAUCGUGGGGCUGAUCGGUCCGGGUUCGAGUUCCGUGGCAAUUCAAGUGCAGAAUUUGCUGCAGCUGUUUAAUAUCCCGCAGAUCGCCUAUUCCGCCACCAGUAUGGACCUCAGCGACAAAUCACUCUACAAAUACUUCAUGAGGGUGGUGCCAUCGGACGCCCAGCAGGCCAGAGCCAUGGUGGACAUAGUGAAGAGAUACAACUGGACCUACGUAUCUGCCAUCCACACAGAGGGCAACUAUGGUGAGAGUGGGAUGGAGGCUUUUAAAGAGAUGGCGGGGAAGGAAGGCAUUUGUAUCGCUCACUCGGAUAAAAUCUGGAGUAACGCCGGCGAGAAGAGCUUCGACCGUCUGCUGGUCAAACUGCGCAAGUAUCUGCCCAAAGCUCGCGUGGUGGCGUGUUUCUGUGAGGGCAUGACUGUACGAAACAUCCUGAUGGCCAUGAGACGACAAAACCUCGUCGGAGAUUUCCUGUUGGUCGGCAGUGACGGCUGGGCGGACCGUUAUGAUGUCACUGACGGGUACGUGCGUGAGGCCGCCGGAGGGAUCACCAUAAAGCUGCAGUCCGCAGACGUCAAGUGGUUUGAUGAUUAUUACCUGAAACUGCGUCCCGAAAACAACCCACGAAACCCCUGGUUCCCCGAGUUCUGGCAGCACCGCUUCCACUGCCGGCUGAAGGGACACCCGCAGGAGAACAGCAAAUACAACCGCACCUGCGGCAAGCGGGAUUCUCUGCGGCAGCAGUAUGCGCAGGACACCAAGAUGGGCUUCGUGAUCAAUGCCAUCUACAGCAUGGCCUACGGCCUCCACAACAUGCAGAAAGUGCUGUGUCCCGGUAUGGUGGGUCUGUGUGAUGCCAUGCGGCCCAUCGAUGGGUCAAAGCUCCUCGAGUUCCUCAUGAAGACCAACUUCACUGGAGUGUCGGGGGAAAACAUUUAUUUUGACGAGAACGGAGAUUCGCCUGGGAGUUACGUGAUCAUGAACUUUAAGAAGAUGGGCAAAGAUUAUUUCGACUACACGAAUGUGGGCAGCUGGGACAACAGCGGACUGCAGAUCGAUGACGAUGAGAUCUGGCCCAACAAAGAUGAGAUUAUUAAAUCUGUGUGCAGUGAACCUUGCGAUAAAGGUCAAAUCAAGGUGAUACGUAAAGGAGAGGUCAGCUGCUGUUGGACAUGCACUCCCUGUAAGGAGAACGAGUUUGUUUUUGACGAGUACACAUGUCGUGCGUGUGAGCUGGGAUCCUGGCCCACCAACGACCUCACCGGAUGUGACCCCAUCCCAGUGAAGUAUUUGAGGUGGGGUGACCCCGAGCCCAUCGCGGCCGUGGUCUUUGCCUGCUUGGGCCUGAUGGCCACGUUCUUCGUCACCUCCAUCUUCAUCAUCUACCGCGACACUCCGGUGGUGAAGUCGUCCAGUCGUGAGCUGUGCUACAUCAUUCUGGCGGGCAUCUGUCUGGGGUACCUGUGCACCUUCUGCCUUAUCUCCAAACCUCACGUCAUCUACUGCUAUUUGCAGCGGCUGGGCAUCGGCUUAUCACCCGCCAUGAGCUACUCGGCCCUCGUCACCAAGACCAAUCGCAUCGCUCGGAUCCUGGCCGGCAGCAAAAAGAAGAUCUGCACCAAGAAGCCUCGUUUCAUGAGCGCCUGCGCCCAGCUGGUGAUCGCCUUCCUACUGAUCCUCCUGCAGCUGGGCAUCAUCGUGGCGCUCUUUGUGAUGGAGCCUCCCGACGUCAUCCAUGACUAUCCCUCCAUCCGCGAGGUCAACCUCAUCUGCAAUACCACCAACUUAGGCGUGGUGGCGCCACUGGGCUACAACGGCCUCCUCAUCAUGAGCUGCACAUUCUACGCCUUCAAGACGCGCAACGUUCCCGCCAAUUUUAAUGAAGCGAAGUACAUCGCCUUCACCAUGUACACCACCUGCAUCAUCUGGCUGGCCUUCGUGCCCAUUUACUUCGGCUCCAACUACAAGACCAUCACCAUGUGCUUCUCCGUCAGCCUGAGCGCCACCGUGGCUCUGGGCUGCAUGUUCGUGCCAAAGGUUUACAUUAUCCUGGCCAAACCGGAGAGGAACGUCCGCAGCGCGUUCACUACAUCGACAGUGGUGCGCAUGCAUGUGGGAGACGGAAAAUCAUCAUCCGCCGCCAGCCGGUCGAGCAGCCUGGUCAAUCUGUGGAAGAGACGAGGAUCGUCAGGAGAGACGCUCAGCUCUAAUGGGAAGUCAGUGACGUGGGCCCAGAAUGAGUGCAGUUCCAAAGGCGGCCACCUGUGGCAGCGUCUCUCCUUCCACAUUAAGAAGCGCGAAAGUAACCAGACGGCCGUGAUCAAACCUUUCUCCAAAACAUCUGAGGGACGCUAUUGCGGAGGCAGCGACAUCCACACAGACAACAGCACCAAUAAGCUCUAUGAGGUCACCGAAGCGGAGGAGCGCUAUCCCAUCACCUACCGGCCCCAAACACCCUCACCGAUCAGCACCGUGUCCCAGAGAGCGAGCAUUGCAUUAUCACAGAGCGCUGGCGCCGCUGACUCCCAGGUCAUGAGCGUCUCUUCAUACAUGUGUCAGACUCCGCAUCGCGGUAACGGCGGUGGAAGUGCAUCGCAGGGAUCUCUGAUGGAGCAGAUUAGCUGCGUGGUUAACCGCUUCACAGCUAACAUCAGUGAGCUCAACAGCAUGAUGCUCACCAGUUCUCCUCCAGGAGGCGCUGUGGGUUUGUCCACCAGUGCAUCCGCACACGCUCAUUCUGUCGAGCCCUGCUGUCCUCCAGCCUACCGCCUAUCCCGAGAAAUUUCCAUGCCGACUACCAUGACCACCUACGCCGAAAUCCAGCCCCUCCCACCUGUGGAGUCUAAUGUGGGUCGCUCCGCCCCUCCCUGCCCACUUUCCAGUUCGUCACGACUCAAAACUUCGCCCACGACCAGUGGGAAGGAGCUAAAGAUGGGCGUGCCCUCAGCUCUGGAGUCGCCGCCCAAUCAGCAGGAGCUCGAGGAACUGCUAGCGCUGACUCCGCCCUCCCCGUUCAGGGACUCCGUCGGGUCGGGUAGCGGCUCGCCGAGUUCUCCCGCUUCGGAUACCGAAACAUCCGCUCUUCCGCCCAUCACAAAAUACGAGUGCCUGGUGCUCCGACACUACAGCCAGAGUUCGUCUUCGUUAUGAGGUCAACAGAUGGAAGAAUGGAACGCCGAAUGGCGUAAUUCACGUAGGUCGGAUACGGACACUGCUUGAGUGUGUGUGUUUACAUGUUCUCACCUUUGGACCAAUGCAAAACAGGGUGUUGCCGUCCCUGUGGAGGAAUAUCUCCAACAUCAGACCUGCAGUAGAAUCACAACGGUGUCUAAUCUUUCGUCUAGUUGGUGUUCCGUUGGUCUAUUUUGGUAGUGGCCUUAAACAAACAUGGCUUUCAUCUAAUUAGUGCUGUUUCUAUGAGGACUACAAUAUGUUGUUGUGCCCCCAGAAGGACGGGGGUGGAGAAACACCCAACCUGGGACCUUCCCACACACGGAUAUUACGAGCCUUUUUUGCUACGUUCAUCAUCAAACAAUGAGAUUAUUAAGGGCUGGAAAAAGGCACGGCAUCAAAGGGAAAAGCCUGUAUAAUUACAUGUUGCAUAAUCUUUAGCUCGCACACUCGUAUGCCACUGCUGGUGCGCUGUAAUAAUUGAAGAGUGCGAGCUGACGUCCCCGAUGCUUUCCGAGAUUCAAACGCAAUCUUUGAACAAAGUGCUUUGUUUGAUGUACCACAGGACAGCGUGAGAGACCAAACAGACCGAUACUCAGACACCUUAGUCACUGUCCAUAAUUUUCUCUUCUCCUUUUUCUUUCUCUUUUCUCCUUAUUCUUCCAGUACUCUGCCUUUUUCAGGAACAGAAUAUAUGGGUGAAUCUCAUGAAACCUGUUAAGAUUAUAUUUCAAGUAGUCCAUUCAUUCAUUCUAUAAUAAAUAAAUUACAUAUAGAAAACUAAAUUUAUUUUUUAAUUUACUUUAAUCAUUUUUUUUUCUUUCAGUAAUUCAUAAUUUAUUAUUUUAAUAUUGGGUCAUUAUUUAAAAAUAAAUGAAAACAACUGCAAUGUUCUUAAAAUAUGCUUAACAUCCUGUAGGUAAAAUAUUUAUUUAUUUAUUUUAAAUUGGUUUAUUUA